CUCAGCUUUUGGGUUACGGUGUUUUUUGAGGCACAUCUCGGACGGCUUAGCUCUGCUGGAUAUUGUAUUUCAUGGAUUUGUUUCCUCUUGGCGCUCGUUGAAUUUGUUUUUCGUCCGUGAUCAUUUCUACUUCAGUCGUUGAUUAAUAUCCAUUCUGCGCAGCCAAUGCCUUGAAAAGUUUGAGGUGGGCUGGCUGCAGCGAUGUCCAGAUCCACGAAAUCCGCCUCGAGGUCUCGGAGCCGCUCCAGGUCCCGGUCAAGAACCCGCUCCACCUCUCGCUCCAGCAGUCGCUCCAGGUCCAGGUCCAGGAAGCGCCGCUAUGGCUCUAGGUCUCGGUCACGGUCAAGAUCUCAUUCUCCACCUCACAACCGGGAGAAGAAAUAUCAGAGGGGAUACCAGAACAGUCGAGAGUUCCGGGGUUACCACCGCGGCUUCCGGAGGCCAUACAACUUCAGGGGCCGAGGGCGGGGCUUCUUCCCACGCGGACGCUACCAGCGUGGCGGUGGGGGUGGUGGCUAUAACAAUAACAACAACUGCCGCCCCAAAUGGAAGAACUACAAGCAGUACCCUCAAAAACAGCAACAGCAGCAGCAACAGCAGCAGCAGCAGCAAAACUAUUCACAAGGACGAUUUCACAACCUCCAGAAACGCUCAGGAAGCCCCCAUCGUGGUCACUCUCACCACUCUGACCGAUCGUCCUCGCCGUUGUCUAGACACUCGCGGCAUUCUUCCUCUUCCUCACACUCCGCCUCUCCCAAAAGCAGGCAAGCCUUGCUGCCGACUAACCAAAACUCCAAGGAUGUGAAAGAGGAGCUUUCGGCGUCCAAGGAGGUCCAAAAGGGAGGAGGGGGAGAUGGGGAGCCAGUGGAGCUCGUCGGGGUGUUGGCAGGAGACACCAAAGGCGGCGCAGGCAGUGGGAAAACUGAGGGGAACUGGCAGAGCCUGACAGUCUGCAGCAGCAGUCCGAAGAGAACGAGUCCACUGGCAAGCUCUGCUGUUAUUGUUGGUCAGAGCAGCCAGGCUCCUAACCAGUCUAGUUCCUCCCCUAAAAUCACCAAUGACACCAGCAAUGGCGCUCCCUCCUGGCAGACAGUGUGUAGUUCAUCCUCAACAAAAAAACCCUCACAUGAAGGUCUAAAUCCAAUGCUGUCCAGCUUUGACUUCUUCUCCAACGAGGAAUACCUGAAUGGAGAUAAAACAGCAAUCUCCAUUGCCUUCGGAAAGUUUUUGGAGGAGCAAAAUAAAAAAGCAAAAUCUUGGGAAAAUGGCAAGACCUCAGAAGCCCAAGAUGUGGAUAUGGAAGAAGGGAAAUUAAAUGGCAAAGCAUCCACAAAUAUCUCUGACUCAGUGUCAAGAAAGUACAAAGAGGACAUUGAUGGCGAAGUGUCUCUGAACAGCUUUUUGAAAGCUUCUCCUUUUCUGUCUGCUGAGGAAGAGGAGGAGAUGAUAAUUAAGCCUCAUUCAAAGCCGCUUCACAACGACCGGCACAAUGGGGACGAGUCCUCUAAGCCAAAGAGCAAAGUCACUCACUCAGACCCGGAAAUGUUUGAAGAAUGCUUUGGCAAAUGGCAGAGCGUGGCCUAUUCACAGGUGGCAGAUGCCAUGGCAGAGGACAUAUAUCUGAGCAGAAAGCAGGAUAAAGCGGCGGCCAUUGCUGCUGCCCUCGCCAAGAGGGAGUUAGCGGGAAAAUUUGAGGGCCUGCCCACAGAAAUGGAUGGCAAAUCCAGGAAGAUUGCAAAAUCUCCCUCCAUCCCAUCUCCUUCACCACCACCAAGGAGGAACUCUGACAGAGAGAUGUUUAUGAUCAGGAGCGAGGACUCACCUUUCAUGUCCUCGAGAAAACAGGAGACAAAACUAAAUGUCAGAAUGGAUUUCCUUGGCGAUAACCUGAUAAGCUCUUCUGAUAUUUUAGCUGAGGAGCGUCAGUUGUCUCAGGAUCUUGUGCAGUCCUCAAAAAAGGGUCAGGAGUUUCGCUCCAUCUUUCAGCAUGUUCAAAAUGCUCAGUUACAGAGGAGUCCCUCUGAGCUGUUUGCUCAACACAUUGUCACCAUCGUUCACCACAUUAAAGCUCAGCACUUUCCGUCUUCUGGAAUGACUCUAAACGAGCGAUUCACCUUGUACCAAAGACGAGCUGCAGAGAAGGAAAUGAUGAAGCCAAGAAAAAGCCCAGAGAUACACAGGAGAAUUGAUGUUUCACCAAGAGCUUUUAAGAAACACUCUCAACUUUUUGAGGCGAUGAAAAGCUCAGAGGAUGGCACUUACAAGGAUGGCGGGGAAAAAAUGAAGGGCGACCCAAUGGACCUUCGUUUGGAUAUUGAGCGCCGUAAAAAAUAUACCACCCAUGAAAGAGAUUAUAAUCAGGAUCGGGGGAGAGAUACGGGAGAUUCCCCAGAUUCUAGUAGAGAGAGAUCUGUGGAAAAGUUCUCCAAAUGCCAUGAGAGAUCAAAGAAGAGUAAGAAGAAGCGCUCUCGCUCAAGUUCUUCCUCGUCUUCCUCGUCCUCUAAGUCCCAAAAAGAGGAUGUGGCCCAUGACAAGUCUGAUCCCAAAGAUAAAGGCUUUAACAGGGCCCGACUGGGUCAAAGGGAGUCACCAGGAUCAGCUGAAAGAGGAAGACCACGUGGAGGUUUUCAAGUCCGGAUUCGUGGAAGGGGCUGGAACAGAGGCAACUAUCAGGGAAACUACUCACAUACUAACAACAUGCCAAACACGGCAGUACACCCAAAAAAUGAAGACUGGGACCCAGAGUACACUCCCAAGAGCAGAAAAUACUACUUGCACGAUGACAGAGACGGGGAGACCGAAUUCAAGUGGGUGGACAACCGAGGGCGAGGACGGGGAAGCUUCUUGCGUGGAAGGGCGCGAUUCAUCAUCCGCAAAGCCACCGGGGGCCCCAACACCAAUGGCCCCAAAUGGGCCCAUGACAAGUUCCAGGUCAACGGGGAGCAAGGUGGCAAAGAGGAAGAGGAGACAGAACAGGACCACGAAGAAGGAGAAAUUGAUGGAGAGCAUACUUGAGCAGCGAAGCAACGUGCUGAAAUUCUUAACAUCUUCCUCUGUGUUAUUAUGGGAUCUGACUCAGCGAUUUUAUCCACCACUGUGGAUUUAUAAAUGCAGAUUAUAAUGUUUUAAGACUCAGCUAUUGCUAGGAAAAACCCUUAUGCUUUAAUAUCAGCGCAGGAUUCUCACUCUGACUUGACGUGACCAUUGUCCACAUGAGGAUACGACUCGUGACUAGUAGAAGCACUGUUUCAGGGUGAACUGCUGUUUCUCAGAAGAAUUCGGAUUCGUUCCACUUUACUCUUCUGCUUUAUAUGGUGAAGUGAAGCAUUUUUGGUAGUUUUUACACUUCUCUCAUGAGGAUGUUCAAAAAUGACUCCUCAAUGACACUUGUGUUUUUAAGCUGCAAGAGAAAAUCCCACCUUAGAUCAAAUCAGCUUGUGCCUUAUACUCGUGCAACUGAGGAAAUGUGUUGUGAGUGGGCUACAUGAUAAAUAGCCGUACUGACUAGUGUGUUUAAAUCCACUCAAAUCAGUUAUGAUUUUUUUUUUUUUUUUUUUUUUUUAAAGCAGGCUUGUUGUUUUGAGCCAUGUCUCAUCUGGAUUCAAAUGACAGCAAUAAGUUCACUGUAGUUCACGUUGAAAUAUCAAACAUCACUGUUUAACCACUUCGGCACUCUGCAGAUGACCCUGAUCUGACAAUGGGACCAAACUGUAUGGGGUCAAAGGUAGUUCUUUAUACUACAUUCAACAGAUCUGCAAUACUAGCUGGCAGCAUAGAAGACUAUUAUAAGGAUAACUACUUGUACAUUUAAUAUGUUUUUUCCUCAACAUUUUGCCGUCAAAGAUUUCUAUACUUUGCAGUAGCUCUUUGAUCGAUCUUGGACACCACUUAUCAAUGUAUCAUAUUGAUAGUGAGUAUACGUUUUCCUCCAGACACACUCAUUGUAGUUUUUGUACCUAGCUAGGCGAGAUUUUGACGUUGUUUGUAAAGGAGAACAUGUUCUUACUGUCAUAGAUUGUGAUUGAUGUGUUUUUCAUUUGCUGUUUUCAAAACUUCUUCUUCUCCAGCCAAUGACGAUUUAAUCAGUUAUGUAUAUUGUGUGCAACUGUGUCAACAUUGUGAUAAGAGAGCCUCAAAAUUAGUUUAAUCUCUAGGUUGGAAGAAGCAGAAAUACUGGGUAGUUUGUGGGACAAAGAUUACAGUUUAUUUAAUCCUACAGUCAGAAUGUUUUUUCAGUGCAUAUCUCCAAUGAUUUUGUUCUGUAAGUCGAGGAUUAGGCUCGUGUCUUUUUGGCAAACUGUGCGUACAAAUUGAAUUACACAAUUUUUGUGCCUUGCUGUGGGUGCGCUGGUCUUACUUGUACAAUACUGAGAUUGAGAUUCACAUGUAAUUGUUUAAAGGUCACCUGCAUAGGGAAUAUUGCUUUUUUAAAAAUAGGUGUUGUUACUGUUUUGUUUUCUUAGAGACUGUAAAUUAAAGAGACACUGAUUACUUUAAA